CCAGUAGCACCCGGAAGUGGGUUGAAUGUCAAGCGGCGCGAGUUCUUUUCUCCCUCUUCCGCGUUUCUGGGGGGCAGCAAAAGCGAGGGGGGAGGAUUUCCACAUCAUGGCCUUUAAAGUCUUUUUCCCUCUUUGCUGCGCUUCGGCGGAAGAUGGCCUUCUGAUUGGACGAUGGAUUCCAGAACAGAACUCCGUCGUUAUCCUGGCUGUGAUCCAUUUCCCUUUGAUCCCGGCUCAGGUGAAGCAGUAUCUCUCCAAAAUGCAACAUGCCACCCACGUCCAACUGUCCGUCUUGGGUUCGUGGACCAACAGCCAAGAAAAGCAGAUGCUGCAAAAGUUCCUGGAAGACCUGGGCAUCAUUUUUUCCCAGGGCUCCUGGAUCCAACUCGGCAGGCGAAAAGACGGCAAGUUUUGGAACUGUGUGGCCACCUGGAAGGAAUCCAGCGGCGGCGGCAACGGCAGCGGCGUCGAAGAAAUCAUUGUGAUCUAUUACGACCAGCAAAAAGUGAUGCUGUCGCAGCUUCACCCUCCUGACAAUCACGGGAUUGCUUCCGAUCAGAAGGCAGCCGACGCUUCCAAGCUAGCCGCUGUGUUUGACACCGUGGCAAAAAGCAAAUUGCUGUUCAUGAAGAGCCGGUACGACGAGGGACCCAUCAGGCUCACCCACUGGCAGUCUGAAGGGGUGGAGGCCAGCAUUAUCGUAGAGCUGUUGAAACAGGUGUCAGUCCCUGCGUGCAUGCUAAUAACACUCCUCCUUUCCUUCGUAGCGGCCAUCUGUAAAAGCAGGGCUCUGACAUUUUGGCCCCUGUCCUUCGUCUGGAGCAAACUUUCCACCUAUGAGCAGUUGAGGCAUCGCUUCCAACAUCUCCAAGUCAUCAGCAGUGAGAAGGCAGCUUCCGAUCAGGCCCAAGGGAUGAGGAAAGCCAACAUCUUUAUCUCUCUCUUCAUCGAUGUGGCUCUGGGUGUCCUUCUCAUGUCCUGGUUGUAUCAAAUGAACUGGAUCGGUUAUCUUGCCAGUGGCCUCGUCCCAGUGGCUGAUCAUAUCGCCCAGCAGCUCCAGAACCUCCUGCAGUGGCUGAUGGGCGUGCCAGCUGGUCUAAAAAUGAACAGAGCUUUGGAUCAGGUGCUGGGCCGUUUUUUCCUUUACCACAUCCACCUCUGGCUUAGCUACAUCCAUCUGAUGUCUCCAUUCAUUGAGAGGAUCCUGUGGUACGUUGGCUUGUCCGCUUGCCUUGGCUUGACGGUGGCCCUUUCCAUCCUCUCCGACAUCAUUGCCCUCCUGACGUUCCACAUCUACUGCUUUUAUGUCUAUGGAGCCAGGCUAUAUUGCUUCAAGAUUUACGGCUUGUCCUCUCUGUGGCGCUUGUUCCGUGGGAAGAAAUGGAAUGUCUUGAGGCAACGCGUUGAUUCCUGCUCCUACGACUUAGACCAGCUAUUCAUUGGUACUUUGCUGUUUACCAUCUUGCUGUUUCUGCUGCCCACAACUGCGUUGUAUUACUUGGUUUUUACUUUGCUUCGUCUCCUGGUGGUCCUUGUGCAAGGCCUAAUCCAUCUGCUGGUGGACCUCAUCAACUCUCUGCCCCUUUAUGCCAUCGUCCUUCGACUCUGCCGAGGCUACAGACUUGCCUCUGGUGUCAAAUUCAGAGUUCUGGAACAGGAAACUGGAAUCCCUCUUCGACUUCUGAUGCAGAUCAACCCUCUUCCUUACGGCCGCGUGGUCCAGAUCUAUAGGCUCCCAACCUACAGCUGCUACCCCAAGGACUCCUGGGCUUCUCUGUGCAGGAAGUUGUUUGUUGGAGAGCUCAUUUACCCUUGGAAGCACAAGGAGGAGAAGCAAGACUGAUAUGGGGGGGGGGGGGAACAACCAGGAGGAACUCCAAAGACGCCUUGGAGAACCUAUCGGAGUUUGGGAGCAUCUCUUGCCACAAAGCGUACUUGGUUCUGACUUCCACCGUCAAGAACCUGAGAGCAAGACGUUCCUACGGAGUCGAUGAAUUCCUCGCUCGGCUGCCUCCGCCAGCUGUCCUUUCUGAUCACGUCGUCCGAUGUAACCUGCCUUUGGGAUUGCUCCUCUGGAAACAUCGGGGUACGGAAUUCGCCGGCUGUGCCUUUUGAGGGCUUUGGGGAUGGGGACCUGCAGCGAUUCUGCAAGGCAAGCACACACACACACACACACACAAACACACACACACCCGAGCCUCCCCACCCCACCCCGCCCCGUGGUAUCCAGCGCACAGUACCAUUUCUCCACCUGCCUUGUUCUGACAUGUCGUUUUCUGCAGCUCCUUCUGUAAAGGUGUAGCUGCACAUCUAGAGCCGCGUUUCUCAACCCCGGCGACUUGAAGACGGGUGGACUUCAACGCCCAGAAUUCCCCAGCCAGAAAAAAAAAUACACUGGCAUUUUGGGGGGCCCACUCUCUGCAAGACUUGGACGUCAACGCUUGGGAGAAAAAAACUUUGGGUGUUUGCAAUCACUGACUCAGAAACUGCUUGCGGCAAGGGUCUCGGGUAGGGGUCACCAACCCACUAGGCCACGACUCACUAUCAGGCUGUGGCCCAUUUGGAACAGGGCCUCACAAGGGGUGUGCAGUUCCGCUUGUGCGAGCAGGAGCUGCACACCUUCAUGCGCCCUCCUGCCACUCACACAGAACCAUCCCCUUCUCCCUCUGCCAAUUCACCAACCCUCCCUCCCCCCCCCCAUUCUAGGGCAGAGGUCGCCAACCUUAGCAAUUUGAAGCCUGGCGGACUUCAACUCCCAGAAUUUCCCAGCCAGCUUUGCUGGCUGGGGAAUUCUGGGAGUUGAAGUCCGCCAGGCUUCAAGUUGCCAAGUUGGAGACCCCUGUUCUAGGGGAAGUCACAAAUAACCAGUUCUUUGGGUCCUUUCAGCCCUCAAGACUGAAUGGCUACAGGGUUCAGAAAUAGACUCUCAAGUUUUUGGUGUCCUGCUUAUGUCCUGUAUUCCAUUUGAUUGCUUAUUACUUAUAGACACGUCUAGGAAGUCCCCAAAACAGCAUGCUGGUUGCGGAAUUCUGGGAGUUGAAGUCCAUCCGUCUUAAACUUGCCAAGGUUUGAGAAACACUGUUCCAGAGGGUGCUGGAAUUCUAGGAUCUUCAGUAAGAUACCCAGUGCUUCCCAGCCAUCUUUGAUUGCAUUCCUCAUUGGGAAGAACUGAAGGGGGAAGCAGCUCCUGUCUAUUAUUGCUAGCAGGAUCCUGGACGAUGGAGACCAAUCUUUUCAGCUGGGCUCUGAAUUCUUGCAGAACUUGGAGAAAUCUAAAUCCAGCGUCUGACAUGCUUCUAUGUACUGUAGAGGAUUUUUCUAUUGCAAUAACCAGCAGGAAGGGCCAGAAACAAGAUAAGUUGCAUCAGCACUUUAGCCUGUGUGAGGAAGCCCUUCUUUCCUUCCUUCCUUCCUUUCUGCUUUACCUUGUUCCCAUCUCCUUCCUUCUUUCCUUCCUUCCUUCCUUCCUUCCUUCCAUCCAUCCAUCCAUCCAUCCUUCCUUCCUUCUCUCAUUCCCAUCUUCUUUCCUUCCUUCUCCUUCCUUCUCUUAUUCCAAUCUUUCUUCCUUCCUUCCUUCCUUCCUUCCUUCCUUCCUUCCUUCCUUCUCUCAUUCCCAUCUUCUUUCCUUCCUUCUCCUUCCUUUCUUCCUUUUCUCGUUCCCAUCUCCUUCCUUCCUUCCUUCCUUCCUUCCUUCCUUCUCUCAUUCCCAUCUUCUUUCCUUCCUUCUCCUUCCUUCUCUUAUUCCCAUCUUUCUUCCUUCCUUCCUUCCUUCCUUCCUUCCUUCCUUCCUUCCUUCCUUCCUUCCUUCCCUCCCUCCCCGUGUUUAUUAAUUAUUACCAUAUUAAUCAAAUGUAUACAGCCGCCCCUCCCUCUGAAGGCAGCCCUGGGCAGCCUACAAUUAAAAACAGAGAAAUGCAAAUAUAAAAACCACAGUAAUAAAUAUUGUCAGAACCCAAAAAUGCAAAACAUAGGUGAAGAAAAUUAAAAAAAAAAAAAAGGCACCCUGAACAAUGAUCAAGCACAGGAAAUCAGGUGUCCGGGCAGCUCAAAUGAAUAUCAAGGUUUAUUGCAAGCUUGUGCUGUCUACAAGAAUCUGAACUACUAACAGUCAAGGCAAACUGGCAGUAGAUAAGAGUCAACGAAAUUCAAGGUGGGCUGGACUUAGAUCUCUUGUGGGUGCCAAGGGACUCCAGAGUGAUGAAUGAGGUCCUUUUUUCUUUUUUAAGCAAGGACUAUUUUGGAUGCAAUUUAAUAAUAUAUGAUGAUAUAAGGGACACAGUGGCUAAGACACUGAGCUUGUUGAUCGAAAGGUCGGCAGUUCAGCAGUUCAAAUCCCUAGUGUGCAUAAUGGGGUGAGCUCCCGUUACUUGUCCCAGCUUCUGCCAACCUAGCAGUUCGAAAGCAGGUAAAAAAUGCAAGUAGAAAAAUAGGGACCACCUUUGGUAGGAAGGGAACAGAGUUCCGUGCGCCUUUGGCAUUGAGUCAUGCCGGCCACAUGACCAUGGAGACUUCUUCGGACAGCGCCGGCUCUUCGGCUUUGAAACGAAGGUGAGCACCGCCCCCUAGAGUCGGGAAUGACUAGCACAAAUGUUCGAAGGGAACCUUUAUCUUUAUUUUGGCUAAUUGAAUGCCGUCCAAGUUUCUUGAACCUAAGCAAAGAAGGAUGACCUUCAGGUUGGAAAAUACGAUUUCCCUACUUGUCAAAGCCAUGUCGGUGGUCCAGGCCAGGAGUAAGACUCCCAAAAGAUUCUUAACUAUUUAUCAUCUUCAAACUUUCCUUGACUGAAGACUAGAAUUCACAGCCAAUUGUGCAUCGGGUGUUUAUUUAAAAGCUGGUUUUAAGCCAGCCCAUCCGUUAAUUAUAUGUCAUAGAUAAGAUGCACAUUUCCUUUGAACCUCUCCUGGUGGGGGAGAGGACGGGACUGAAUUUGGUGUCUUUGCUUAAUGGGGCGAUCAUAAUUAGCUUUAUCACACCAUUGCACUAAUGGGCACCUGGGCAUGGAGGAAAAAAGGUUUCUAGUCUUAAGUGUCAGAAACCUGCAUCUGAUGCCCUGUGGUUAGAAUGGCUAGGCAUUCUCAGGUUCAUAGUUCUAGCAUGCACGAGGCUCCUGAGUUAAGAACAUCUGCUUUAGAAAUAAACUCUAGAAAAAUCUCUGUGGAAAGUAAUUGGGCUGAUUCCAUGUGGAUUGUAGCAGCACACUCCCUUCCUGAAAGCACUUAAGUUACUCAUGAUUGCUAAAGACCAAGCCAUCAUCAACAUACCUUUCUCUCUCUUUGAUUUUUACUUUUAUUUUUAGGGCUAUUACUGACCUGACCUGGAUCUUUACAGGUAGUCCUCAACUGUUCAUUUAGUGCAGUGGUUCUCAACCUUUAUAGUGCUGCGACCCCUUUAAUACAAUUCCCCAUGAUGUGGCGACCCCAACUGUAAAAUUAUUUUUUUUAGGCAGCGAUCUCAGCAUGCCUCAGCAGCCGCAGAAGAGGGAAAAAAGCGGCAAACUGUUUUUUUGAAUUUAUCGCACCUAAAGCCAUAUUGGCUAGCGAUCUGAACUGCUUGCGAUUGCCUUGAGGACGGAGGCAUUAAAGCGGAGACUCCUCCCCUAUUAAGUUUAUGGCGCCUGAAGCCAGAUUAGGCUAGCAAUUGGGAGUGAUUGCAGCUGGCUUGAGAGGGAGACAUCAGAGCAAAGAUUUCUCUCUUUUUUAAUUCAUCGCGCCUGAAGCCGAAUUUGGCUAGGGAUUUGAAGAACCUGCAGCUGGCUUGUGGAGUCAACCAUCAAAGAGGGUGAUUCUUUGACUCGCAAGUAUACUUCCCAUAUUUCCGAUGGUCUUAGGCGACCCCUAGCAAAUCGUCAUUCGACCCCCAACAGGGUGGCGACCCACAGGUUGAGAACUGCUGAUUUAGUGGCUGAUUUUCAACAUCACUGGAAAAAAAUGACCAUUUUUUCAGACUUGUUACUGUGGCAGCAUUCCCCUGGUCAUUGAUCAAAAUUUGGACGCUUGGCAACCGACUCAUAUUCAUGACAGUUGCUAUGUCGCCCAGGGUCAGGUGAUCCCCUUUUGCGAUCUUCUGACAACCAAAGUCAAUGAGCAAGGCGCGAUUCACUUAACAACUGUGGUAAGAAAAGUCGUAAAAUGGGGCAAAGCUCACUCGGCAAAUGUCUCACUUAGCAACAUAAAUUUUGGGCUUUGAUUAUGGUCGUAGGUUGAGGGCUACCUGUAUUUGUUGUUGUGGGCCAAUUCUGAGUGCUCUUAUGUGUUGUUGUUGUUGUUUUAUUCAAAAAGUUUUACAGAAAAUUUUUUUUCCCCUUUUCCCCCACCUCCCCUCCCCCAUCCCUUCACA